AGAAUGGUCAAAAGAGGGAAAGAGAGUGGAGAGAGAAACUGGUGGUGAUAGCACCGCUCUCUUCCUCCUCGCCAACGACUUUCCCCCGCCCCCAAAUCCCUCCAAUCUCCGACACCUCCCCCACUCCUCCCCCAAAAUCUAGGGUUUCUCGGAGCUCGAUUCCACCCCUUCUUCUUCGUCCUAAGCGCACCACCAGGAUCGCUCCUUCUCCUCCCCCCUUCGUCUCCUCCCUCGUCGCUUCCCUUCCGCAUGUAGCUCGUAUCCUUCUCCUUUUGCUUAGUCUCUGGUGGAGAUCGCGACUCUUUGCUUGGCUUGUUGUGGUUUGUACUGUAUCCCAUCGCUUUCCCCAGUUUGAGGUUCCGGAGGCUUCCUCUGGAGCUGUUGAGGCGGCUUUGGAUUUGAUUGGGCUUUAGGGUUUGGUGUUUUUUGGUGUUCGGAUUGCGAUUUGGAGUGGUUUUUUUCUUGGGUGUGAUAAGAAGUGGUACCGGUGGUGGUGGUGAUGAUGAUGGUUUCGGAUGGGGAGUAGGAGGGGUGGGAUUGGUGUAGAAGAUGGUAAGGGAGUCGUAGGCGGGAUGCCGAGCUUCUCUUCGACACUGCCGGGGGCGCAAACAGCUGGCACAGAGGGAAAUAAAAAUCAUCCUGCUAGCAUUUCUGAAUUUGGGACGAUUCUUCAGUCAACAGGGUUUCGAUCAGAUGAUGCUGGUGAACUAGGCAGAUGUUCUGCAGUUAAUAUAAACUCAACUGGACAAACUGUUACUUUUGAUCUCGCUCAGUUUGCUUCUUUGACCAAACAGGCUGUCACUUCGACUGGUAAUACGCCAUCGCUUGGAGUUGAUUUUGCAACUUUACCUCGCGACAAGGGAUCGCAUCCUAAACUUGUGUCAAUCUCUAGCGGUCACUUUGAGAACUGGGGGGAGUCCGCAAUGGCUGAUGCAAGCCCUAGGACUGACACCUCUACUGAUGUUGACACCGAUGAAAGGAAUCGGAUGUUCGAGCAAGGACAAACUGCUGCUCUUGUGCCUUCAGAUUCUAGUGACAGGUCAAAGGACAAAUCGGACCAAAAACAGACACUUCGUCGACUUGCUCAAAACCGUGAAGCUGCAAGGAAAAGUCGUUUGAGAAAAAAGGCUUAUGUUCAACAACUAGAGAAUAGCAGGCUUAAACUUAACCAACUAGAGCAGGAACUCCAACGAGCUCGCCAGCAGGGCAUCUUUAUUUCUAGUUCUGGAGAUCACUCUCAUUCGACGAGCGGGAAUGGGGCUUUGGUUUUUAACACUGAAUAUGGUCGGUGGUUGGAAGAUCAUAAUAGGCAGAUAAAUGAGUUGAGGACAGCAGUGAAUGCUCAUGCAAGUGAUACUGACCUCCGUGCUAUGGUUGAAGGUGUCAUGGCUCACUACGAUGAGAUCUUCAGGCUCAAAGGAAUUGCCGCUAAGGCAGAUGUGUUUCACAUGUUAUCGGGCAUGUGGAAGACUCCAGCAGAGAGGUGUUUCCUCUGGCUCGGUGGUUUCCGUUCAUCUGAGCUUCUCAAGUUAUGUCCUCAACACUCUGCCAUGUCAGCAAACUCGAAAGAUGAUGCUAAGUUACUUGUGACUCAACUGGAGCCUCUCACAGAGCAGCAAGUAGUGGGGCUUUGCAGUCUUCAACAAUCCUCUCAGCAAGCAGAGGAUGCUCUUUCACAAGGAAUGGAAGCAUUGCAACAAUCACUGGCAGAAACGUUGGCCGGAUCUCUCGGCCCAUCGGGAUCCUCGGGUAAUGUGGCGAACUACAUGGGCCAGAUGGCCAUGGCCAUGGGCAAACUCGGAACCCUUGAGAAUUUCCUUCGCCAGAACCUGUAGUUUGAAGCGUCUGCUUCUGCUGCUGCGGAAAAGCUCGUCGGAAGGCUUUAGUGAAAAAGCUGCUAGUGCUUCCAACUGCUAUACUUCAAUAGCACUUUAAUGCAAUUCAUUUUCUGAUUGGAAGUUACUUCUAAGUGCAUUUAAAACUAUAAAUUUCUCAUUUCCCAGAUCUAAAAUAACAUAUAGCUUUCUCAGUUCUUUACCUUCUUGACAGCUUGUUGAGUGUUAUAAAAAAUUUUUGCCUUCCCUUUUGUCCAAUUUUCCCAGGCUGAUAACCUGCGGCAGCAGACCUUGCAACAAAUGCAGCGAAUACUGACGAUCCGCCAAUCCGCGCGCGCUCUCCUCGCAAUACACGAUUACUUCUCAAGGCUUCGCGCCUUGAGUUCUCUAUGGCUUGCUCGACCGCGGGAU